CGCGGCGCGCUCAGGACUCAGACUCUCGAUUCGCUCGACAGACGCACGAUCACGACUCCGAGCCCGCUCUUGGAUUACUAACUAUGACUCUGGAGGAGAUCCGCGGACAGGACGGCGCGAUGGAAGCUUCGGACAGCAGGGUGCAAAGUGCAGGAGCAGCGCUGGAGGAGCUGCUGAAGGCUGCGAGGAAACAAGAGUACCUCACCGUCGGGGUGUACGAGUCUGCUAAAGUCAUGAAUGUCGACCCAGACAGUGUGGCGUUCUGCGUCCUGGCCACGGAUGAGGAGUACGAGUGUGACAUCGCGCUUCAGAUCCACUUCACUCUCAUCCAGGCUUUCUGCUUUGACAAUGACAUCAACGUGGUGCGUGUGAAUGACAUCGACAGGCUGGCGGCGCUGGUGGGCGCUGACAGCACCGGUGAGCCCAAAGAUGCCCACUGCAUUCUGGUCACGAGCCCCAGUGCAAACCCGUGGAAAGACCCUGCUCUUGACAAGCUGAGCUUGUUCUGCGAGGAGAGCCGCAGCAUGUACGAGUGGGUGCCCACGAUCACUCUCCCCGAGCGCUGAAGCUGGACCUACACACUUUGAUGGGAAAAAGAAAAAAGAAAGUCAAGGCUUCAAGUUCUGGCCUCACUUGUGUGGAUUAAGAGGCUCGAAGGCUGUGGAAGCCCCCUCCGGCAAGGGUGCACCCUCCAAGUGGCUCUGCACUGAGGAGUGUGUUGGACUCGGUGGCCCGAUGGACACUGAUAAGGAGCUGGGAGAAGAAGAGAGAGAGGUGUUGACCCGUGUGGCGCUCACAAGCUCUCCAGAUGGACUUAAGAAGGUGUGCAAGGUGGUGUCAUCCUCAACACUGAGGAUAUAGGAACUCUUGGACAUUUCUUUCCUGCUGCAGACUGGACAUGACAAGCUGCACGCGUCUUCUUGGACUGAUGUCAAAACAAUGCAACAUUGAUUUUGAAUUGUACCGUACUGAAUAAAUACUUGAACUGCA